AUGAUUCCCGAACAGAGAAAUGCAUUCAACAGUAUAGUAUCUACGAGGAAAACCGAGGGAUUUUUUAAACAAUUAAUCGUAGGACAUCUUUUUAAUAGUGAUACUAAAUUUCGAGAAAUUUUCCGUGUAAAUAAAGGACAAUUUUAUUUUAUUUUAUCAUUGGUCAAAAAAGAUCUUACAAAGGAACCAAUUAUGCGAGUACCUGAACCAAUAUCUGCCGACGAAAAAUUAGCAUUAACUUUAAGAUAUUUAGCUACAGGUGAAUCUUUUCGGUCUUUAUCGUUUGCUUUCCGAAUUUCUUACAGCUAUAUUAGCGUAAUAGUAAAAGAAACAUUGACAGCAUUAAAACAAAUGUUAAUGCCAUUAUUUUUACCAAAUCCAACUACUAUCGACUACAAAGUUAAAGCUAAUGAAUUUUACACUAAAUGGAACUUUCCCAACUGCAUACUUGCGAUUGACGGAAAACACGUAAGAAUCCGAUGUCCUAAUAAUUCAGGCUCUUUGUAUUUUAAUUACAAAGAUUAUUUUUCCAUUGUAUUAUUGGCAAUGGUCGAUGCGAACUAUAAAUUUAUCGCGAUCGACGUCGGCUCGUUUGGAAGAGAAGGGGAUAGCGGAAUUUUUUUAAAAUCAAAUAUGGGACAGCAAAUUUUGAAUUGUACUUUGAAAUUUCCAGAGGAUUGUGCACUUCCCAAUUCAAACUCAGUAGUACCUCAUGUAGUACUUGGUGAUCAAGCAUUUAGAUUACAUAAAUAUAUAUUACGACUAUUUUCACAAAAAUCAGCUAGAAGAGAUAGUGGAAAAACUAUAUUUAAUUAUCGUCUCAGUCGUGCUAGACGAGUAACAGAAAAUGCGUUUGGUCUGUUGAGCCAGAUAUUUAGAGUGUUUUAUCAACCAAUAAAUAUCAAUCCAAAACAACCUAUCCCUGAUAACAACAUGCUGCCAUUGGAACAUGAAAGAGGUUUUUUGAGCUCAGAAGGUCUUUCAGUAAGAGAGAUUUUCAAAGAUUACUUCGUUAACGAAGGAGGAGUACCGUGGCAAACAUGA